UAUUUUGAAGGCAGAAGACAACAACAGUCCUGUGAUUGUGUGUAACUAUCGUUAGCCAUCUUAGAGCGCUCUCUUUCCGUGGCCUACCUAACGUGAGGCGUUUCUCUCUUCACAUCGCCACCGUGCUGGAUUAAAGAUCUUGUCAUCUUCAGCGAAGCAAGUCAGAAAGCUGCAACACAGAAGAGUCAAUUAUAGGAGAGAAGUUUCCUCUGAUGGCAUCCAGACUGUUGGAGAGGAUAAACAUGAUGUGCUGCUAGUGACUCAGAGAACAACAUGGACAGACAAUAACAAAUCAUCACGCUAGGGGUGCAGUCUUGGUUCGUUAUGACAAGUGGCUGUGUGGAAGAUGUCCACCCUUUCUACGACUAAUAUCACUGAUGUUGGUCAUGGGGACUCUCUCUGCUGUGCCAGUGAAGAGGGGCCUUCAGCAGCGACAGCAGAAGUGAAACAGGAGAUUGUCAGUCAGACGGCCUCAUACGGCACCUCACACAAUGAGCUGAACGAACCGCUGCUCAUGGAGCCCGGCGACAUCAAGAUGUACCCCACAGAGGACACACCUGCACCAGAGGGUCACCCAGUCAAGAGAAAGAAAGGCCCUGCUCCCAAGAUGUUGGGGAAUGAGGUGUGUAGCGUAUGUGGAGACAAAGCUUCUGGCUUUCAUUACAAUGUGCUGAGCUGUGAGGGCUGUAAAGGUUUCUUCAGACGCAGCGUCAUCAAAGGAGCGCAAUACACCUGCAAAAAUUCGGGCCGCUGCGAGAUGGACAUGUACAUGCGCCGCAAGUGUCAGCAGUGCCGUCUGCGCAAGUGCAGGGAGGCCGGCAUGCUGGAGCAAUGUGUGCUCUCAGAAGAGCAGAUCCGACUAAAAAAGAUGAAAAAACAGGAAGAGGAGACAGCACGUACCUCUGCAGUCCCAACACCCAGCCCUGCUCCUGAGAUGCCCCCUCUGGCUCCUGAACAGCAGGAGAUGAUCGAAAAACUGGUGUCCAUGCAGAAACAGUGCAACAAACGCUCUUUUCUCGACCGGCCCAGAGUUACUCCUUGGCCACAGAGUCAGGACCCACUUAACCGAGAGGUUCGACAGCAGCGGUUUGCUCAUUUCACUGAGCUGGCCAUCAUGUCUGUGCAGGAGAUUGUAGACUUUGCUAAACAGCUGCCUGGCUUCCUGGAGCUCACCCGAGAGGACCAGAUCGCCCUGCUGAAGACCUCCACUAUAGAGAUCAUGCUGCUAGAGACUUCCAGACGUUAUAACCCAGCGAUAGAGAGCAUCACCUUUCUCAAAGACUUCAGUUAUAAUAAGGAAGAUUUUGCCAAAGCAGGGCUGCAAUUUGAGUUCAUCAACCCCAUCUUUGAGUUUUCAAAAGGCAUGAAUGACCUCCACCUGGAUGAGGCGGAGUACGCUUUGCUCAUCGCUAUCAACAUUUUCUCAGCAGACCGACCGAACGUGCAGGAUCAUGAGUUAGUGGAAAGACUACAGCAGCCAUAUGUGGACGCUCUCCACUCUUACAUCCGAAUAAAACGACCCAACGAUCAUCUGAUGUUUCCCCGGAUGCUGAUGAAGCUGGUCAGCCUGCGCACACUGAGCAGCGUCCACUCAGAGCAAGUCUUCGCUCUGCGCCUCCAAGACAAGAAACUCCCACCUCUGCUUUCUGAAAUUUGGGAUGUCCACGAGUGAGCCGGGCGCUCACAGACAGAAGGACAGAAUGAGCCAGAGUCAGGGAAACAUGGGUGGGCAGGGGUCCUCACAGACAGAACACAGGGUCAGGAUGUCCUAAAGGGCUGAAACAUCUCCCACUGUCAUCAUUCUCUUCCUUGACUUCUAUACUUUGGACUCAGUGGUCAGUGAGCUGCUUCCUUUGAAUGUGCUAUUGCUAGACUGUAUGGCCAGAAGUAGCUCAAGAACCGUUCAGAACAGAUAAUGGUUAUUAGACCAUACUCAAUAGAUUCAGAGACUUACUUGCUAGAGUGAGCAGCCACAGUGUGGUCAUGAUUUUUUUAGUUGUUGUUCUUGUUUAUACCUAAUGUUUCUGGUACCAAAAGCUUUGAGCAGGUUUUGGCAAUGGUUUCUACUUUCUAAUUAACAGAAAAGGUUGUCUUGAAGGUUCUUCAUUACAGAAAUGUAGUUUAUUUACAGUGUUUGUGUAAUUCCACUCUAGGUGAUUGGUUGAUGGCUAAUGCCCAUUUGAUUUUUUUUUUCUAACAUGCUUGGAUCAUGCAUAGCAGUGAGUAACAGUCUUCUGUUAGUACGGACUCAUUUGCUCAUUUUUAUUUCAUUAUGUUUGACAUGCAUUUAGUCUUUAAUUUUAUUCAAAUGCAAUCUUCUGUUAACACCCAUGUUACACUGAUCCAGCAUAUCAUAAAAUGCUCAAGCAAUUCUGUUUUCUGCUGGUUGGAAUAUUCAGAAGAAGAACUGACAAAUCAAAUUGCCUGAAAGUA